UGUUGAAAUAACGUAACAUUCCAACCAAGCGCAGUGUUAUUAUGUAUAUAAUAAUGUACAGCAUAUUAGCCAUUGCUAAUCUGUGUAGCAUGCCAACGAGCCAAUACGCCACAAGUUCACAUCCCACGCUCACAAAUCAUUGAGCUUUUGCAGUGUUUUGCACAGUAGUUUUCGCGCGCUUUUCACGUGUGUUGAGCGAUUGCAUCGUGUUAUUAAUAAGUUCGUUUUAAAUUCUUUAUUACACAAAGUGAAAUUGUUCAUAAAAACACGAAUGAAUCCAACAUGAUGUCAGUGUUAGUUGCGUUUACAGUUUUCCACUUCUUUGGUGCUUUGGACGCCUGGCAGACGGAUAUAGACAUUAACAGGGUGAAACUUCUUUCAAGCAAAGGUACACAAUCCGAACAUUUCCAUCAAGGCAAAAAUUCAGUGGGUUAUCAAUAUAAAAGAAGUAAUGAUUAUGACGAUUAUAGUAGUGGGGUCUCCGAGUGGCACAAGGCAGCGCAACCUAUGCGUGGUGUCUCCUCGAACUCUGCGGAAACGAUCAAAGUGUACAGAUCAAGAGAAGACCCGAGACUCUUCUACCAGUCUGAUUCAUAUAUUAAAGAGAGCAAUAGGAAGAAGAUAAACAGAACAGUAUCCGAGAUAUACCCGAAUAGGGAUGUUGUAAGGCCUCACGAAUUUGCAAGCCGUUCGUUACCGCUACAAGCGUAUGAUAGAAACUCCAACUUGAUUGAUUCGAGUUACACCAAUUUUUGUAUAAGGUGCCCGCAUGACAGAACAAUCAUAGCGAAACCAGGAUCCGAUCGAGUAAUGAUACAAUCCCCUGCCUUGUUAAGCUGCUCUGGUCUGAAAGCUCCAAGGGAUGUACGGUUCUCAACUGUAUAUGGACCAAAAUUUGGAUCCCUACUAGAAAAGGGCUCACAUAUGAUUAUUGGACGAAUUUCAUACAGAAACAAGGUACCACCAUCACUAGCUGCUAGAAUAAGCCCGCGUCAUCUUACGUGUAGAACAGCUAAAGUUCCUCCGCGCUCCGAUGGGCAUGUUAAUAAACAUUCGUUGCAGCUUUAUCACCAACAUAUUGGCACUGGGUCACAGAUUAGUUAAUAGUGGGCAUCCUGGUCCAUACACCUUCCAUCCACAGAGAAGGCUUAUGACUAUGUCAUCGCAGUGGAUACGCUGAUAGACUGAUGAUUAUGUAUUUUUAUUUAAUCUCAGUAAUGUUACUGUCCUACAGCCGAACUCAAAGGCACCAAUAUUUUUUAACCUAUGAUCAGAACUUAUGCUUUCAGUGUAUUUUCGAUAGUAAUAGAUACUAAAACUAUGUAAAAUGCAAGUGCACGUAAUGCUCCACGACUGCCCAGUACCAAGCUAUCUGAUUGCACGAUGUGACGAGAGAAGCAAGCUGUGCCAAUUCACAUGUCGGGACCCCGGUUUGGAUUUGCAAGGGCACAAAAGUUUAUCCUGUGGAGAUAGCGUUCGACCAAGGUGGAACGGAAAACUUCCUGUGUGCAAGGCUCGAACCUGGUGCGCAGCGCCGAUACCGCCUGACUACGGACACCUCAGCUGCAAAGGGACCACUUUAGAAAGCAAUGGAAUGUCUGAAGGGUCUACGUGCAGAGUGCGCUGCGCACGCGGAUGGCACUGGAGCCCUAGGGCGACCACCGCGUGCAGAAGAGGGGCUUGGACGUACGACCUCACUUGCCAACCCAAAAGAAGACAUUGACAUCGUUACAUUUUUUUUAUUAAAUUGUAUCGGUUCUGACUUCUACUGAAAAUAAUUAUUUAACCUGUCGCACAACUCUGUUUAUAAUUAUUUAUUUUGUAUAAAAAAAAAAUUUAGUUCAUUGUGUUUUUUUAAAGACUGUGCCCCAUGGGUAUAAGGUUUCAUAAGUCAAUGAAACGAAACGUUUAAAAAAUUAAGACGGUACUCACUUUGAGCAGUAAAAGUAG